AUGCAUCUCUCUCUGUCUUUCACUACCAUCUUGACGAGCGUGCUCUUCGUCAUGUUCGCGCAGGUUGCCGAGUCCGCACCUGUCACGAAACGUGCGCCGACGCCGCCCAAGUUCGUUACGCUCCCUCUUAAACGCGCCGAGCGCACAAGGGAUGUACACGGUCAAAUCUACCUGCAACAGCACAUCAACCGCGGGCUGCGCCGUAUGGCGCGCAUGAGGGGGCACGAGGCGCCUAGCGCGCGGGACCUCCACACGCUCCUCGAGCGCCGCGUGCGCGAUGUCGAAGGAGUCGAGGGGCUGUCGAGGCGGUUCAACCGUUUUGGGCUCCCUGCACCCGCGGCUCACUCGUCUGCGCACGAAGCCGUGUCUCUUGCGGAGGCCCCGAAGCAGAAUGACGCGCUCAUUGAUGAUGGUGUUACUGUCGCUAAUACACCUACCGCGCCCAACUCUCUCGGGUUGGAUAUCGAGGCAGUUGACGUUGGCUAUUCUGCUGUAGUCCAAAUCGGCACCCCACCGAGGGACUUCCUUGUUACAAUGGAUUCAGGCUCAUCAGACUUCUGGGUAGGCUCCGAAGACUGCACGUCAAACGGUAUCGGCUGCGGCAACCACGUCUUCCUCGGCCCACAGAGCUCUACCUCGUUCAACGACACCGGCAAACCUUUCAAAAUCACAUAUGGCUCGGGGUCUGUAUCGGGGAACAUCAUCACAGACGACGUCACCAUUGCGGGAUUGGCGCUGCCUGCUCAUACAUUCGGCGUAGCCAGCAUCGAAUCGGUAGAGUUUUCCGCGCAGUCCCCGGACGAUGGGCUCAUGGGCACCGCGAAAUCUGUGAGGAUAUUUGUUGUGUAG